UCUCAACUUUAAGCGUACCCUCUGUCAACAUUUGUAAAUCUCCAUCGAAGUCAACAUCGAAUCAACCAAUAAUUAAAUCAUUAAUGAUGUAUGAUCGAUAUUAAAUCCUCUUGAUACAGUGAAAAGUCGGAAUCUUCAGAAUUUCGAAGGACAUGUGACAAGGCGGGUAUGGUUUUACAAAGAAGUUAAAAUGUCUAGUGACAGCAAUCAAACUCCUCAAUUUGGCAAGCGAAAAAAACUUGUCAAACCUGAUAGUGAAGAUAGUGAUGAAUCUAUAGUGCAAUCUCGUAGAAGGAAAAAGACCUUUAAAUUUAUUAGUGAAGGUGAAACUAGUGAUGAAGAUAGUGAUGUUCAAAGACCUAAUGUUCGAACACAAAAUCAUAGGGUUAUUGUCGAAGAUGAGUCAAAUUAUGAAAGCAACAGUUCAAAUAUUAGUAAAUACAGACAGUCUGGAGAGAGUAGUGAAACUUCAGAAUGGCAAUCAGAUUGGAGCAGUUCAUCAGAAUUAGAAAAGAAAUCUCCUGUCAGGCGAAAAGUUCUUGGCAAACCGAAAGCCAAAAAACCUCCCAAAAUUGUAUCAGAUACAGAUACAGAUAACAAUGACGAUCAAGUAGAGAAGUGUCCAAUUUGUCUACUUCCUUUUAGAAGGCAACAAUUAGGCACUCCUUCGUCUUGCGAACAUUGUUUUUGUUUAGAAUGCUUACUUGAGUGGAGUAAAAACAUAAAUACUUGUCCAGUGGAUCGACAAACUUUUACAAUAAUUCAUGUCAGAGAUAAUUUUGGUGGUCAGAUUACAAAAUGCGUUCCAGUAGAAGUUGCAUCUAGUGGGGAAGAGAAUUUAGAUGAUCUUACAUUUUGUGAAGUAUGCCAUCAAAGUAAUAGAGAAGAUCGUAUGCUUCUUUGUGAUGGUUGUGAUUGUGGUUACCAUUUGGAAUGUUUGACUCCUCCACUAAAUGAAGUACCCAUAGAAGAAUGGUUUUGUCCAGAAUGUUUUCAGAAUAGCCAAACCAAUGCAGACGCUGUAAAAAUUGAUAUGGAUGAAAUCAUAGAUCUAAUGGGAGAGGCUCGUAGACUUGGUGUUUCUUAUGGAAGAAUUCGUAGCAGUAUACCGCAAGAUUCUCAUCCACGGAUUAUACCUCGCACUAGACAUACAGAACGUGUUAGAGCUACUAUUCGCAGAAGAAAUAGGUUAGAUGAUAAUAUACAAGUAACUCGUCAACUAACAUUUAAUCCAAAUCAACCUUCUACUUCAUCUGGUUUGGAAUCUUUUGGUGAUAAGAGUCAAAGUCGAUCUCCAAGUAAUGCCUCUAGCUCUUUGGGUUCUGGAGAUCAUAAUUGUUCAAACAAACAUUCUAGAAAAUCACGAAAAUAUAGAAGUAGUUCCAGUGACUCUAGUGCUGAAAGUAUUUCCAGAAAAUCUAGAAGAAGAAGUAACAAUAAAAAUAAUACUGAAAAUUCAGAUAAUAAUAAAUCGAGAAGAAAAAGUAAUAAUAGUACACAGUCUGGAGGUAAUUCACGAAAAAGUGAAACUAGAAAUAAUUCAAGAAAAUCCGGGAGAUCUAAAAAUGUUUCUAGUAGAGGGACUCUAUUGAAAGAAGUUAGAAUUACAGAAUGUAAUGCAGAUGGAGAGGAAGAAGAGAUUAUAACAUAUGUAAAAGUGGCUUCAAUUGGAUCAAGAAGAAAAAGAAAGACAACAAAAAGAAGAAAGAGAAGAAAUCAUAGACGUCGAGCUAGAACUGUAUCCAGUGUUUUAGCUAAUACCAAAAAAAGGCUAGCAGUUUCUCUGGGUAUUUGUAAGCCAGUUAAAGGUGUUACCGCUUUAAUACCUAGUGUUAGAAAUCGAACAAUUAUAUCAGAAAGAUCUGCAUUAACUAUUGCCCGUUAUAAUGCUGGAAUUUCAAGGCUUAGUCUAUUUGGAAAUGGCUUAAAUUUAGAUUAUAGUCCUCCAGGAUCAGAUAUGGAAGAUCAUCAUGCAACUGUUGGACCUACUGUAACUGUUCAAAGACAUUCUAUAAUUUCUUCGCGAAGACAUCUACGUUUAAAAAGUAUUGUUACUCCUCAACAACCGCAAAUUGAUCUUCUAAGUAGUAUAAUAAAUGACCAAGAGAUUUGGCAUUCGAAAAAUAAUAACGUAACUUUAAAAACUAAUGGACUCCUUUUAACUGAGAAACAGGAAAAAUUUAAUGACUUAGAAAAAGAUAAGUCUGAAAAAAAAGACUUGUCCAAAACUGAAGAAACAGAAUCUGUUGUAGAGGAUAGAGUUUCUAGGAUCGAUACACCAGUAGAAGUUUCUAGAACUGAUACUCCAUUAGAAGUUUCAAGAAUCAAUCCAGAAUCAAUUACACAGGCUCCAAUGUAUAACAAUCCCUGUGGAGGAGGAAACAGAGGAAAUUUUAGAGGUGGUUACAGAGAUAAUACAAGGCAUAGUCAUGGUGGACAAAAUUAUGCAAGAGAUUCUUUGGGUGGAAGUGGAAGACAUAGUUAUGGAGGAAGUGGUGGUAAUUUUGGGAGAGAUUUUGGACCACCUGCAUUUUACAAUCCAAACUUCGAACAUUGUGGACCACCAAUGUUUGGAGGUAAUCCUCCAUUUAGAAACCGAAAUCCUCAACACUUCAGAAAUGAAAGAUUCCGUUUUAUGCCUUCUGGAAGACCACAAUUUAAUUUUGCAGAAGGUUUUUCUGAGCAUCAUUCUUUUCCUGAAAGGUUCAAUCAUCCUAGAUCCCCACAAGCUCCCCUUGAACGUCCUCAAAAUAACAUGCCACCAAAUUUACCAGAAGAUACUCCAAGAAGCGAUUCUGUAGAUCAACAGCAACAAGAUACUGAAAACGCGUCUGUUAGACAAGAAGAGGAUUGUGAUAUUUAUUGCGAUAUUGAAACAAAAUCUGAUGGAGAACUUCAAGAUCAACAGAAUGGUUCAAUGGCAUUGUUGCCACCUCCAGAACCUCCAUCAGGACUUCUAGAUUUUGAAGAAAAUUCUAGGAGUGAUAAGGAUAGUGAUCAAGAAUUAGUUAUUGAUGAUAGUCAAAAAGACGACACUCCAAAGAAUGAUAAAUAUGAUCCUUUCUCUGUAGAUAGUGACAGUGAUAGUGAAACAAAAAGAAAUGAAGAACUUAUAGAAGAAAGGAAAGAGGAACAGACUGUAAAAAGUGUAGUACAACCAGAAACCUCGGAUACGUCUAUUCGUUUAUCAGCUUAUGAUGACGAAGAGGAAGAAGAUUCUCAAGCUGAUUGUCCAAAUUUCUCAAUUUACUCCUCUCAAACGAUUGAUGUAGCACGGCAUACCGAACAACAAUUAUCUCAACAAAUAGGACCACUUGAACCACCUCCACUGCCACCUUCAAUUCCAGAUGAUGAUGAUGUCAUUGUCGGUGAUGUUCAAGCUUGCGAUCUAGCCGAUAUUCCAGAACCAUCAGAUCCAUAUGUUGAAGCAUUACGAAAAGAAAGGCAAACUUUAAGUAAAAUUCCACCAAAGAAGAUUUCUCACGAUAGCAGAGGAAAGAUUACAUUCAAAAUUGGUACUAAACUGAAGAUAAAUAACAGAUUGUUAGGAUUACAAGAGGAGGAAAAAGAAAAUAGUGACGAGAAGAAAAAAGAAGUUGAGUCUGCAAAAGAAGAAGAAACCUCUGUCGAUCGUGAGGAAGAACGAAAGAGGAUUGCUAAGAGUAAAUAUGAAGAAGAGAUUCAAUUGAAGGAAGACAAGCAGGAAAAUUCAGAAGAAAUUUUAACACCUGCCAUUCCUUUGGAUUUGAAGGAAAAGAAUGCAGAUGAAGAAGAAAAGGGAAAGGAAUGGAUAGAGUCAUCUAAAGACGACGCAAUAGAGAAAGAUUCAAAUAUAGUUGUUUCUAUAGAAAAAACGGAAUUUUCUCCUAAAAAAUUAGAAAAUGAAAUAACUAACGAGUGUUUGUCGGAAGAAGGGAGUGAAACCUUUGUUUCAUUUCAUAAGAUAUCAAAAAUAGAUGUUGAUGAUGAAAAUUCAAAAGAUGGUCAAAAAAUUAAAGAAAUACACGAUGAUGUAAAAGUCAAAGAUCUUGAUGAUAAUGUAAGUGAAAAAGAUGAUAAAGGGCAACGACAUGUUAGUAAGGAAGAAGAAGACGAUGAUGAUGAUGAUGAAGAAGAAGAAGAAGAAGAGGAGGAGGAGGAAGAGGAAGAGGAGGAAGAAAGAUUCCCCAUAGAAAAAGAGAAAUCGAAUAGAAAAAGUACAAUUGAAGAAGAUACAGAUAAGAACACAUGGGAAUCUGAUGGAGCUUACACGCCUUGUAAAGAUGAACUUCCAUUGAAAGAAUCAAAAUCUUCUUCUGAACAGUUACCGCCCAUUGAAAGUGGAUUAGAACCAAUUACACCAACAAAAGAUAAACCUGACGAUUUAGAUAGCUGCAGAACGCCAGUGGAUUACAAUGUUUUGGGUACAGAAGCUAUUUCAGAAACAGAUGAAGCAAUGAAUUUCGAAGAUGAGUUAACCUUAUUGAGUUUACGAAAAGAGAAAGAAAUGGAAGAUGGAGAAAUUGUUGAAGAAAAAACUGUGAAAGAACCUGAUAAAGUUGAAAAAGAGAAAGAAGAUGAAAAGAAACGAAAGAAAAAAGAAAAGAAAGAAAAAACCAAAGAGACAGAAAAGAAUAAAGAAAAUAUUGCUUCAGAAAAUCAAGUAGCAUGGAAGAAACUUUCAAAAAGUACAAAAGAAAGAUCUUAUAGAGAUAAAGAAAAGAGAUCAAAAUCAAAAGAAAGAGAAAAAUUGAAGAAAAAGAAAGAAGUAGUAAAAAAGAAGGAAAAAAGAAAAGAAUUGCCUAGAUAUGAUGUUAGAAAAAUAGUUGCAGAAAGACCAUCAAGGCCUAGAAAAGAUGAGUAUGGAAGGGAUAUUAGAGAAAAAUCGAGGCAAAGAAGUAGAUCUAGAAGCUGUAGUUCGUCUAAGCGUUCUAGAUCAUAUUCUAAGGUCCGUUCCAGAAGCAGAUCCAGAACUAGAUUACAAAGAUCAUGGUCCAGAGAUCGUAGAUCUUAUUCUAAAUCUCUUUCUAGACGAAGAUCUCUUUCUCGCGGAAGACGUAAAUCUCCGAAAAGAAGAUCAACUUCCAGGAGGAGAUCUUCUUCAAGGAAACGAUCACUUUCUAGAAGAAGAUCACGAUCUGUUUCCCGAAAACGACGAUCAUUAUCAAGAAGAAGAUCCAGAAGAUCAAUUUCGAGAUCAAGAAGAUCUCUGUCGAGAUCUAGACAAAAAAGGUCUAUAUCAAGAUCUAGAAGAUCUUUAUCCAGAUCUCGCGAUAGGCGUAAAGACAAGAAAAAGUACAAAUCUCGAAGUCGAUCGAGGAACAGAAAGAAAUCUCGAUCAAAGUCACCUAGGAAGUCUUCAAAAUCUAGGGAAAGGAAACAUUCGAAAAGAAAAGCACAAAGUAGAUCAAGAUCGAAAGGAAGAUCUUGUUCUAGAAAUUGGGAACAAGUUGAUAAAAUUGUAGAACAAGAAUUUUCCCGAGAAAGAGAGGAAAGAGAAUCUUGGAGUGCACAGUGGACGCCAUCUUGGUCAAGAUCUAGAUCAAAAACACCGCAACAUGUACAACAAGAACCAAUUGCUUCCAGAGAAUGGUCUCCAAUGUUAGAUAACGUUUCUGUUCCACCAAAAAAUUUAACUGUAAUUUUAACAAAUAAAGAAGCUAUUAAAAAGAAAAAGAAAGAACGUAGAAAGGAAAGCAAAAAAGCAAAAGAUGAAAAAAAGAGAAAAGGAAAAAGAAAUAGGACUCCACCACCGUCGAAAGAAGUUUUUGCUAGUGGAGAUAAUAUUUUAGUUAGUGUAUGUUUCAACAAAGAUAAUGAAAAUGAUCAAACAGGAGUUCCCGAACUUCCAGAGACUAUUCCUUUAAUUCCUCCUCUAAAACGUCGUCGUAGAGAAUCACUACAAACUGAUCCGCCAAAGCGCUCGAAAAAAGAAAAGUCAAAAGACAAACGUUCUAAAUCUCCAAAGCCUAAAAAGGAUAAAAAGAAAAAAUCAAAAGCAGCUGAAAUAGCGGCUACGAAGAAACCAGUCGCAGUAAUUGAUUUAGAUCAAUCUCCAUUCCGAGAACAAACACCAUCUCCUAGGGAUGUAAUAGUUCUUAGUGACGAUGAUGAUAAACAGAUUCAACAGAUUACGCCAGAUCAAUGCCAACCAUCACAAAAUUCUCCACCGCGAGAACAAUUUAUUUCUCAGGGUCCAAAAACGCCUCCAGAGCCACAAAUAAAAUUUUCAAUAAAUAAACAGAGCAGUAACCUACGCCCAUCGAUGUUAAAUCCUCUUUUGGAUGAAGAAGAGGAGGAGGAAAUGGACGAAAGAGUCGAAGAAGAGUUAGAAAUGAGAGCACAAGAGGAAUUAGAAUUAAGAUUAAAAAUUGGACCAAAUACCCCUCCAGAACCUCCAACAUCUCCACCAACUAGUCCAGAUGCGUAUGAUCCAUUUGAUCCAACUAAGUCCAGAUCGCCAACACCUGAUGCUAGCCAAGAGGCCAAUUCUAGCGACGAAAGAAGGAGAUCUCCAAGAAAACACGAUUCUGUGGAUGGUAAUAUUCUUGAAGAGGAAAAUCUGCAAAGCCAGGAAAGACAAAGCCAAGAAAAACAACUAGAGAAACCUAAGAUCAUUUCCAUGGUUACUAUCAAGAGAGCUUCUCCGCAAAGGGAUGACGUUAAUGAUAACGAAAGCAAUAAGGACACUGCAGUUUCGACAGGAAAUUUAGAGGUACAGCAGAAUCAACAAAAUGUGCAAAACCAAAAUAAUCCUUUCGCGGUGAUGAAUCCUGUAUUAGCUACAGUAGCUGCAGCAGUACAGAGAAGUGGAGUAUUUAAUGCGACAAAUUCAAAUAGUAGUCAACGUAACUUGUUACAGUCCAAUCGAAUUUCACCAAGUAAUCAACAAAAGCAACGUUCUGGCGAUCGUUCGCAGGCACCUCCAGUUUUUACGAAUUCAGGAAAGUCCUCGAGGAGCUCGAAGUCCGGGCAGACCAAAACCAAUGGACAAAAUGGAAAUGAUGCUGGUACGGAAACAACGGACAAUGUGGAUAUGUCUUCCCCUUAUUCACCUGGAUCGACGCUUAGCGACGGAAUGUUCGAUCCACCAAGUCCUACAAAUUAUAAUUCACCUGGUGCUGGGGCAGGAAGUGGUGCAGGACCCGUUGGAUCUCAAACUACGAAAAAUAGUAAUUCGAAAACGGUAAAAACAACCGAGAAAAAAGAUGCCUUUGAUGCUCUUUUUGGUACUUUACCGAUUACCAAAACGACCAAUAAAUCAAAUAGAAACAAAAAACCUGAUAAAGAUAAAAAGAAAAAGUCCACGAAUCCGAAAGUCGGUGUUAGAAUGGACGAAAAUCAACUUCAAAUAUUAGAUGAUCUUCCAAGUUCAGCAGUUGAAAUGCAAGUCAAGGAUAAGUUCCUAAAGAAAUUAAAUCGUCAAGAACGCGUGGUUGAAGAAGUAAAAUUAGUUCUAAAACCACAUUACACGAAAAAACAUGUAACAAAAGAAGAGUAUAAGGAUAUUAUGCGAAAAGCAGUACCUAAGAUAUGUCAUAAUAAGACAGGAGAAAUUAACCCGAAGAAAAUUGCCCAUUUAAUAGAAGCUUACGUCAGAAAAUGCAGAAGUAGCAAAAAGAAAACAACUGAGAGUUCCUCCGCGAAGGCCUCUAAACCAGCGUAA